AUGCUCCGUGAGCAACUUUGGAUACUUCAAGACCGAGAUGAGAGUCAGUUGAGAUGGUUGUCUCGAUUCCAAGAUGGUCGAAAAGAGCAAAUCCACACGAAUACAAUGGUUCGGAGACAGCAACAUCAAAGUGUUGGUCACGGAGAUAUUGGCAACCUUUGUUCCGAGUUUCAAGAACCCGAUAAUUCCAGAAUUCAUUACCCAAGUGUUUUCACGACCUCCUCCAUUUUUGAAUUGAACGUUCGCCUCGAUGAGUUCAUCGCUCUGUUCGACAAGGAUACGGUUCUUGAUUUUUCUGACAAGGGGUGUGGUGUCUCGGAGAGCUUCGUCAAGGAUUGGCAUGAGAAGGGUCUGGAAAAGAGUACGAUAAAAGUCACAUCUGACAUGGCGCCAAGUGCAGUGAUAAGAGAGUUUCUGAGUGGAAAGGACAGACUCACCUCUGGCAAUACUUCGUUCAUUCUCUUCUCAUCUGCGGCAAUCCCUCCAACUUCAAUGAACUUCGAUAUUCUUGGAUUCGGGAAAUCCAGCAACGGAUUACUGUUAGUGAACAUGUAG